AUGCACUUCCAAUCGCGCGUAUCCACAACCACCGUGCACGAACUCCUCUUCACCGACGACCGCGCCCUAAACACCGCCUCGGAAGAGGAGAUGCAACGCAGCAUGGACCUCUUCUCUGCCGCAUACGAGAACUUCGGUCUGGUCAUCAACAUGCAGAAGACGGUGGUCAUGCAUGAACCGCCACCCAACACAGCCACACCCCCCCCCAACGCGCCACAAAUCAGCGUGAACGGAACCCAACUGCAAGUGGUGGGGAACUUCCCAUGCUUAGGCAAUACCCUAUCCCGCAACACCAAGAUCGAUGACGAUGUGGCCCGCAGGAUUUCGAAAGCCAGUCAAGUCUUCGGUCGCCUCCAAAGCACUGUCUGGAACCGUCACGAUCUUCAACUGAACAAAAAGCUGAAGAUGUACAAGGCCGUCAUCCUGCCGACGCUACUGUAUGGAGCAGAGACCUGGACGGUGUACACGAGGCAGGCACGUCGACUGAACCACUUCCACCUCAGUUGUCUCCGUCGCAUCCUGAGGCUGAAGUGGCAGGAUCGAAUCCCCGACACUGGCGUGCUAGAACGGACGGGAAUGCUCAGCAUCUACUCCAUGCUGAGAAAAAUGCAGUUGCGCUGGAGCGGCCACCUGGUGCGCAUGGACGACGAGCGACUACCCAAACGACUCUUCUACAGAGACGUCGCGACGGGUUCUCGUCGUCAAGGAGGCCAAAUUCGCCGCUACAAGGAUACUCUGAAGUCCUCCCUGAAGCGCCUGCAAAUCAACCCGACCAACUGGGAAGAGCUCGCCCGCGAUCGUCCGACAUGGAGGAGAACAGUAAAGACGGGUGCAGCUAUCCACGAAGCCAACCGCAUCGCUGCCGCCAAAGCGAAGCGCGAAGCCCGCAAAUCACAACCUCGCCCAGUACGCAACGCCGCCGCACAACCGCUCCCUACGUGUCCUCGAUGUUAACGUACAUUCCGGGCUCGAAUCAGACUUGUUGGACAUCUUCGAAUCAAGUGCGCCUCUCGAACUGCCCCAACCAUCGUUCCUCUGCCCGCCUCAUCUUCGUCCUCUCUACCGCCAACUAACUCUGACACUUCUUCUGUACCACCACCACCACCACCUCCAUCCUACUCCUCCUCCUCCUCCUCCUCCUCCUCCUCCUCCACUGCCCCAGCGGCGGCCGUUCAGGCUGCCGUCUCGCCCAUCAACCCCGACACAACAACCGACACCACCCCCAACUCUUGCGAUUCCAGUGAUGAGGAUCAGGACUACACCUGCCCUCACUGCGACCGCACCUUCAAUUCACGCAUCGGCCUGGUCGGUCACUUGCGAAUGCAUCGCACAGAGACUGGUGAACCAGUGCCUGGAGCACCAACCUACACCCACCGCACUCGCCUCCACUGCCCACACUGCCCUCGCACAUUCACGCAUCGCAUGGGACUAUUUGGUCACAUGCGCAUUCACGAGGGCGGAAUUCACUGCAGCCCCGACACACCCACCCCGCCGAGCCCCACUCCCAAUUCAUCACUUUGUGCACCCACGAACAACUGCCCAACCGACAUCGACGCCGCCGACUUUACCACCCCUCACUCCUCCCCUUCCUCCUCUUCCUCUUCCUCCUUCACUGUCACAACGACGGCCACUCCGGCGUCUGUCGCGCACGACAUCACCACAGCCACACCUGACACAACAACGGGCAUAAACCCUGCAACCUCCGUCAUCAGAGGUGAGGACCGGGCCUACACCUGCCCUCCCUGCGAUCGCACCUUCACUUCACGCAUCGGCCUGAUCGGUCACUUGCGAAUGCAUCGCACAGAGACCGGCGAACCAGUGCCUGGAGCAUCAACCUACACCCACCGCACUCGCCUCCACUGCCCACACUACCCUCGCACCUUCACGCAUCGCAUGGGUCUAUUCGGCCACAUGCGCAUCCACGAGAGCGGAAUUGACCACAAUUCCGACACACAAACCACAUCCAACACAUUCACCAUGCCCAGCCUCACCCUCGCUUCAUCGCUCUGCUCUCUCAUCACCACCACUACCACCACCGCUUCCUCUGCAGCCGACACCGACACCGCCGACUUCUCGUGCCCACACUGCCCACGAACAUUCACCUCACGCAUCGGUCUGGUCGAUCACUGGCGAAUCCAUCGCACAGAGACUGGAGAACCAGUGCCUGGAGCACCAACCUAA